GGGAGAAGGGAGGCCGGAUCUGGUGGUCCACCAAUAAUCAGACUGGAGGCUCUCGCUCAUGUCAGGAGAGCGACUGCUUCAAAAAGCCAUGCCAGACAUGCCCCUGGCGGAGUUCUAUGCGCCCAAUCGUUCGCCCAAAACGAAGGGAAAGGAGGGAUGAAGGACGGAGGAGGAAGGGAUGAAGGACGGAGGAGGAAGGGAGGAGCACGGCAACAGCUGAUGGCGCAACCACAUUCCCCAUGCACUGCAAGAGCUCAAACGAAUAUAAAGGCCUUCGUAACCCGCUGACGGCUCGCAAGCCGCACCCUGCCUGCGCUCGAUCGCGAGGGCGCACAGAUCAGGAAAGCCGCCCAAUGCCAGCGCCCUCUCCAGGUCCACCCCGAGGAAGAGGAGGAGGAGGAGGAGGAGGAGGAGGAGGAGGAGUCUGGGUACACUGACGAAAGGAAGAGGGCAGACGCAUCACGAGCAAGAGACGAGAAGAGGGCAAGAAUGUGACUCCACUCUCUCCCACUCGCGCCGAACGCCUCCACCUAUGGAUGUAUCUUGUGGUAGCGCUGGUCGCUGCGACCAGAGCCGGGGAGCGUGCGCCUGUAAACUUCGUUGUGUUCGUCUGAGAGUCAUGCAUCGGGUACGCUGUCGCAAGAGUGGGAAAAGGCGGGAUCGAGGGCAGAGCAGAGGCGGAAGGGGGGAAAGGAUGGAUCUAGGCCUGCGCAGGCAUGUGGGCAGCUCAGCUCAGAACUAGAGUGCGGAAGAUCAGGAGCAUGGUGUAGGACGCCACUGGUGUCGACGUCGCCACCGUCAGCGGCGCUGAGAACGUGAACAGGUACGUGAACAGGAUUACGUUGAAGCUCCUCAGAGGUGCAUACAAGCUCGUCUACCAGGCUUUCAAGAGCUACGCUGCAGCAGCGGAGCGGAACGAGGUCCGAACGGCACAAGUACGGAGCGCCAGGAACAGCCCAUUCGGGGCGAGCAGGUCGUUCGCCACCAACGGCAGCAGCAGGAGCGUCUUCAUGCAGUCGUUCGCCACCAGCAGCAGCGAAAUCGUGAGCAGGGGGAUCCAGGGAUACUGCGUGAUGCAGAAAAUCUUCAUGCACUCGUUCGCCACCAGCGGCAGCAUCAGGAGCGUCUUCAUGCCCUCGUUCGCCACCAGCACCAGCACCAUCGUGAGCAGGGGCAGCGGGAGAUACUUCGUAAAGCUGCACGCCCUCACGCACUCGUUUACCACCAGCGGCAGCCUUAGGCACAACUUUAUGCAAUCGUUCGCCACCAGCGGCAGCUUCAUCGUGAGCAGGGGCAUCGGGAGAGACUUCGUGAGGCAGGAAGUCUUCAAGCACUCUUUCGCCACCGGCGGCAGCAGCAGGUAUGUCUUCAUGCGCUCGUUCGCCACCAGCGGCAGCGUCAUCGUGAGCAGGGGCAAAGGGGAGACUUCGUGAGGCUGUGCGUCUUCAUGCGCUCGCACGCCACCAGCGGCAGCAGCAGGAACGUCUUCAUGCACUCGUUCGCCACCAGCAUGGACGUCACCAGCGGCAGCGUGAGGAAGCUCGAGAACGUCAGCGAGGGCACCAUCGGCAUCGCUCUCAUGACAGACGUCAGACGUCCACGGGGAUUUGAGAAAUUGGUCAAAUAGGUCGCCACCCUCGGCGGCAGCUUCACGUAGUUUUGCAACGACCAGGGCAAGCGGUAGAGCAGCAGGACCAUGAGGCACUGCAGGAGCAGGAGCGAGAAGCGAGACUUGAUGAAGACGCUGUUCACCACCAGCGGCGGCAGCAGCGGGACCAUGCAGAAGAGCAUAAUGAGCGCCACCAUCGAUGGCGAGCCGCCGAACUUCAGAACGUGCAGGUAGAAUGGUACGAAGGUCGCCACCAGCGAGAGCAUCACAAGCGUCAUCGACGGCGCAGCCGGCGGGCUCCCCAGGAACAGGACGUGGAAGCGGACCAGCACUUCGUUGUAGAGUCCGAUGACCUACUCCAGCAUCGAUGGCAAGAGGUGGAAGUGGUCCAGCGCCGUGCCGAGGAGGACCGCGGGGACCCUCGUGGUCAGGCUCGUGGACGCGAAGGUGCUGGAUGAAGCUUGCGACACGGUGCAUGUUGUCGCCCAUGCAGACUCCCAGCGGUGAUAGCGGAAGCCGAUAUCCUUGAGGGGUAGCGGGAGCAGGUGGUAGGAAAGCCUGUAGAGAAGAGGAAUGCGUCGCGGGCGUCGGAGGAGUCCCAGUUGUAGCGCACGGCAUUCGCGGGUGCAGGUCCUGGCCGCCGAACGGUAGUGCGGCAUCUUGUCCCGGCUGACGGCCACCACCAGGAGCGUAACGAGCUGCGCGAUCGGGAUCACCCGAGCGUGCGAGAGCAUGGACAUAUGGAACCGCGGGCCUCGGAUGCGGGCGGCGCGGCGCUCGGCCAGGUGGCCUCGGGCGAGACGGCUACGGUGACCAUUUCGGCCAAGUCCGAGUCCCCGAGG